GUCUUAAAAAUGGCUGAUUUCACCCCCUUGGGAUGCAAACCAGUGCGAUCACCCUACAAAUCAGUUGAGGCUCCGAUGUAUAUGAAACUCUUCUGGUGUGAACGAACAGGGAAUUAACAGUAUAUACAGGGGAAAGGUUAACGUAUUGAGCCGGUAGUGAUCUCAUUUUCAAUUCAAAGUUGCGUUUGCAUGGAGUCAAAUCUGACAAGUAAUAUAUCACCGGGAAAUCCGCAACGGCUCUUUGCCGAUGAUAAUGAAGAAGUUAACUCGGAUGACGCCACAUGGAUAUUAACAAGCGCCUUCAUAAUAUUCACAAUGCAAUCUGGAUUUGGCUUAUUGGAAUCAGGGUUAGUAUCGCGUAAGAACGAAGUGAACAUUAUGGUUAAGAAUGCGGUCGAUGUGAUAUUUGGUGGCUUGGCGUACUGGCUGUUCGGCUUCGCCUUGAGUUUUGGUGAUGGGUCAGGUUCGAACGCCUUUUCAGGAAUGGGGAUGUUUCUCACGGAAGCCACAGAUAACGAGCGUAUGGGCUAUGUUUAUUCCAGAUAUUUCUUUCAACUCUCAUUUGCCACCACCGCAACAACAAUCGUUUCUGGAGCUAUGGCAGAAAGAACGAAUUUGAAAGCAUAUACAGCAUUUUCUUUCUUCAACACGCUGACCUAUUGCUUUCCCGCUCAUUGGAUCUGGGCGGAAAAUGGAUGGCUCAAAGAACUUGGUGCCAUUGAUAUUGCUGGUAGCAGUGCAGUUCACGUGGUUGGUGGCGUCAGUGGACUGGUGGCGACGAUAUUUCUGAAGCCCAGAACUGGUAUCUUUAAAAGAGACUCUCAUGGCCGUCGCGAGAACGUGAGCCAAAUGGCCUCGCCGACAAACGUCCUGCUUGGCACAUUCAUGCUUUGGUGGGGAUGGCUCGGCUUCAACUGUGGAAGUACAUUUGGUAUUAGUGGAGAGAAAUGGAAACUUGCGGCGAGAUCGGCCGUGUGUACGAUCAAUGCAUCAAUUGGUGGAGGAAUCGUUGGUAUGUUUUACAGUUACAUAUUUUACAAGAAUAAGCUGGAUAUCCAAAUAUUUGUAACUGGUCUGCUGGGUGGCCUUGUCGGUGUAACCGCUGUGUGUGCCAUAACCAGACCAAGCUUCGCGCUAGUAGUCGGGCUGGUUGGUGGUCUAGUUGCCUGUGCGAGUUCCAAUAUAUUAGCACGGCUCCAUAUUGACGAUCCAGUCGGCUGUGUCCCGGUGCAUCUUUGCUCUGGGGUCUGGAGUUUAAUUGCUGUCGCAUUAUUCUUGGAAGUAGACGAAUCGGGAAGUUACACCUCUCGGCCAGCCAAGCUUUUCCAAGGAAGGUGGAUGCUACUUGGCGCUCAAGUUGCGCUCACUGUCUCUUGUGGUCUGUGGUCGGCAUGCAUCACACUGAUUCUCCUAACAAGCAUCAACGCCUUAAUCCCAGUGCGAAUGAGUCUGCAGGAUGAGUUGAAAGGGUCCGAUAUGUGCGAACACGGGAUUGCACUGCAGGAGGAAUGUCGGGGUCGUUCUGCUUACGGAUCUAGAGCGGUACCUCGUACAGACUGGGCCGUCCAAAAUUCUGUCCAGGAAAAUGGCCCGGAAGAUUCUAAUUCAAGUAUUUCUAAUCAGAGCAUGGCUGAACAGGGCAGUACCAUUAGUGAGACAGUGAACGAAGCUGAAGGCAAAGAAGGUGCAUUUGUUAGAUCUCGUUCACGUGUUUCAGAGGAGCAAAAUCCAAGCGUUGCAUCUUGCGAUGAUCAUGAAGAAACCAACGAACAGUUUAACCAGGGAUUUAGCAUCAGCUUCUAAAUGGAAUCCAAAAAAGAAUGCAUGUUUCUUGACUAUACUGCAGAUGAUUGCAAAAGAAGAUUGUAGUAAGGCGGUAAAUCAAAACAUAUUCUUAAGAUUUGAAAAAAUGACCUCACCAACAAGCUGCAAUUAUCUACUCCAAAUUUGGAAGAACAAAUUGAGGCUUUAAUUGAAUUUUUGAAGUAAGAAUUUCCAAAUUCUCUGCUGUAUGUAAUAUUCACAUUCUUUCUUUCUGAAAGAAUACCUCAGAUAGUAUGAAAACUUUACGCAGUCAAAAGCUUUGCAAAAUGCAAUGCCGGCACAAAUCUUCUCAAGUCUUUUCAAACCGGCACAAAUCAUUAUAUAUAAAGUAGUAGCAAAUUACUACAAGGUGAGUGAAAAACUGACUCCCUCAAAUUCAAAUUUGCCGCGAACCUGUCACAUUAUCAUUUUACAAUUUCUUUGCAACCGGACGCAGUUAGCCAACUAUUGUUUUACUACCUAUGCAUUUUAAUUCCCAAACAUAGAAAAAAUCAAUUAUUUAUGUCAAAUUACGUUGGAUUCCAGACUUGAGCCGAGAGACCUUCGCAUGCAGUUACAACCACAAAUCGACACUGCCACUUAUGGAAUCGGAAACAUCGAAAUCGAAUGAAAUCAAAUCUUUAUGGGCAUACGGUGACAAUUCUAGACUAUUCAACGAGAUCGAGUAAACAAUUUCUCUUAAGACUUAACAUUAUAUUUAUGUCGUUUUGGCAUGGGUGAGAGUUGGACGGUUGUUCGUGGUCAUUUAUUAGCUAUACAGUUUACGAAAUUUACAAAUAUGAUGUUAUUGAUACCUAGAUUCUGUAUAUAUUUAUUGUAUAUUAUAAGUUGGGCAGAGAACUGAACAUAACAUAACAAACAUCUCAGA